AGUAACUUGAGAACCACUUGACCCAGAAUGUUGACACUUCAUAGGAUGAUUGGUCAUGCAGGGUAGAUGACCCCUAUAGAUUUUUGGGUCAUUCUGUUAAAGGUCAAGGUCACAGGGGCCUGAACAUGGAAAACCAUCUCCGGUCAGUAACUUGAGAACCACCUGACCCAGAAUGUUGACACUUCAUAGGAUGACUGGUCAUGCAGAGUAAAUGAUCCCUACUGAUUUUGAGGUCACUCUGUUUAAGGUCAAGGUCACAGGGGCCUGAACAUGGAAAACCAUUUCCGAUCAGUAACUUGAGAACCACUUAAUCCAGAAUGUUAAAACUUCAUAGGAUGAUUGGUCAUGCAGAGUUGAUGACCCUUAUUGAUUUUGGUGUCACUAAUAAAGGUCAAGAUCACAGGGGCCUAAACAUGGAAAGCUAUUUCAGAUCAAUAACUUGAGAACCACUUGACCUAGAACCAUCAAACUUUAUAGGGUGAUAGGACUUACAGAGUAGAUGACACCUAUUGUUUUUGGAGUCACUCCAUCAAAGGUCAAGGUCACAGGGGCCUGAACAUGGAAAACUGUUUCCGAUUCAUAACUUGAGAACCACUUAAGGCCCAGAAUGUUGAAACUUAGUUGGAUGAUUGGACAUGCCAAGUAGAUGAUCCCUAUUGCAGCCAACCAUCAGUGUCUCUUUGACUUUGACUCCUGUCCCCUAUUGACUUCUUGCCUAUACGACUAUGCAUUGGGGGAGACAUUGCUUUUUCUCCAAAACAUUGUGUCAAAGCAUUGCAUAGAUGUAUCUGUGUGUAUCUCUAUGGGAAAUUAAUUGUACUUUGGGGCCAUCUUUCAUGAAGACCACAAAUAUCUAUAUAGCAGGCCUAGAACAUCCAUCAUUUUCUCUAUCCGCUUUCCUGUUAACAGUAAUAACUUGAAAUAGGCUACUAUCUGUUAACAAAGACAAUUCUUUAUCUUUCCAAAGGGUGAUCUUAAUAGAUAGGUUAUAUAUACAUGUAUGUAGCAGGCAGCCCUAUUCUUCCAAAGUUUGUAAAGACUAUUUGAAAAAAUAGUGUUUAUAUAUUCACAUUAUGAGAGAGCCUUAUAAUAAAAGAGAUUUUAACAGAAUAAGUUAUAGUUUGCGUUAUUGAUGUCAUUAUAAACCCCAGCUGUUACAGAUUAUUAAAAAGAUAUAAGUUGUUAUUUGAGACUGUAGCAGGAAGUGAAACUAUGAUCUUGUUUUUUAAGUACCAAAAUUUUGAGUGUUAUGACAUUUGUACCUUGUCGCAGUUUAUUGACUAUAUAUAAUUAUCUAGAUAUGACAGUGUGUGAAUUUUACAUAGACACCGGGAUUUCAAUUCACAUUUUCAUUUUUCAGAUAUAAAUCUACUAUUACUUUUUCCCUGAAAGUUAGAAGGUGUUAUUUAUGUUGUUUUUUUUUUUCAUUCAUUUUAUUGUGUGACUUUAAAAAGUGGACUGUAUGCAAUGUCAAAAAAGAAACUUUCAGUAAACACAAAGUAACAGUUGUGCAUUUUUCAUUGGAAAUACCCUUAUAAUUAAUUGGAAUUUUGAGUUUUUAGCAGGGACAAAAAUGCCUGGAGACAGAGAUGGAAUACAAGAGCUGAGAGUCAGCGAGGCAGUGACAUCAUUGAAUGAGCAAAGCAUUGUAAUGGUAACAGAGAUGGACGAACAUGGAGAACAUUUAGAUGAAGAGGAGAAGGCUGUUUUUGUCCCUACUACAACAACAGCUUUUAUUAACAUUGAAGGAGAAGGUCUACCAUCAACCAAUGACAAUGUCAGAAUGUGUGGUUCCAUCGGGGAGAGAACAGUUGGUGAACAGUUACCGGAUAUCGUACAACCUGCUUACAGUGUAAAUGAAGACAUCCCUUCUGCAGGAUAUGAUGGUCUUCAUAAAAAGGCAAGAACUUAAUGCUUGUAUUGUUAAGUCUUCAAUAACUUUAUGCAUGUAUAGUUUAGAUUGCAUUAUCUUAGAGCAUGAUAAUUAAGACUUAAACAACAAUAUGUAUACAUGUUUAGUCUAGUAGACUGCAAGAACUUUAUGCAUAAUGUAGUCUGCUGCUUGUUAUUGUGACAAGAAUAAUUUCCCCAAAAGUUUGUGAUUGGUUUUGUCUCUUGUCAUUAACAUUUGCUUGAGCAGAAAUCUCUACUGACCCUGUUGAGGGAAAUUACAGACAUGAUUUUUGCAAUUCUC